ACCACAAGCAAGCUUUCGCUUUGAAACUACGUUUGUAGAAGAAUCGUCCUCCAGUGCGAACAUUGUUCGUAACUUGUGUUUUUCGCGAACAGGUCAGCUUCCUUAAAAAGGGCACUGGGCAAUUUCAACAAUAGAUCACCUCAGAAGAUUUGGAUCUGCCAGAAAACUGAAAAUAUAUCUCCGAUAGACAGGAUUUAUGAGGCAGUCGGAUCGUGGUACGAAGUUCAGUCGACGAACAUGGUGGAAAGUAUUUUCGGAGGAAAAGUUGCGUAUCCAUUGGGGUGUUACGAGAAAAGCAUUUCUCAUCCACGAGUAACCGAGAGGCGUCUUUCUGUACAAUCAACUCAACUGAAAACAAUCUCAGAAUCUGGCGACGAUAAUUAUCACUCGGAAAGCACGAGGUUAGCUCAUGGAUUCGAAACUAUUACUGCGAGUGAAGGAUUAAGCUACCACCGUCGACCUAGAACUAUGUCUUUACCAGCAAUUUAUCGGGACGGUUCGUAUUUGAUAAUAAGGCGCGCUUCUAAUGCGCCUAUUUCUUGUCAAAGGCGAAGAUAUUCGGAGCCAGCUGGUUUGAAAACGCAGGGGACUAUUCAAAGCUUGUCACUGCGUAAAAAUGACAGCUACAGUGUGAGCGCUGAAAGAGAAAACGCCUCUUGGAAAAGAUCUUCGGUUGAAAGUGGGCAGGGGGUAUGGAGAAGUGGAGUUCGAGAUUUAUUGACGCCUAGGAGGCAUUCUGAUCCCAUGUGCUUAGUUACCGCGGAGCAGGUGGAAAAGUCGCCGGAUCGUCAAGAAAGAUGGAGCAGAACGGUGGACCCACAAUUGACGGGGUCAUCUGUCUGUGGUAAGAACAGACCACAAAUGCAAACAGACAGUAAUCAAGCAGGGCGACAAGUGUACACACGGAGACGAAAGUCGUCUCUAGUCCCUGUUCCUUUUAAUGCUCCAGUUCUGGAAGUUCAGAAAGCUAGGCAGUCUCAGCCAGCCUCGAGUCGUCGCUUAUCUUUUCCUCCAAGCAAGAAAGAAAGCCAACGACACUGUAUUCUUCCCGCGUUAAAUUUAAAAACAGGAUUUUUUGCCAAAUAUAUUUCUAACGAAAAUAAAGAGAGUGAAAUUGGACGCGACUGUAACAACAAUUUAGAACUAGCUGUUGAUGAACAGCCAUUUGAAAGCGAAAACAGUGCGGAUUUGAAAGACAAAUAUGCUACUGACGAGGCCAUCUUGGUGCAAUGGAUGAAAUUUUUUGGUUGAAAAUGUCUUUUGUAUGACCGCUAUUGUACAAAGCAAGACACAAACGGAUACAAACUCGAUAUUAUGACAAAGGCAGAGUCACUCCCCCUUACUUGUGAUCUCUGUUCAACCAGCCCCAUAAAAAACCUAAAGCAG